AUGGUGCUUGAGCUUCAUGUAUGGGGUCCAGCCUUUGGGCUCCCUUCAAUAGAGCCUGAAUGCAUAGCUACGAUCGCCUACUGUCAGCGUGUCGUCCCAAGAGGAGAAUGGUCACUGGUCGUAGAGCACAACCCCACAGUUGGCACCACAGAGAGCUUACCGAUACUCUUCGAUGACGAUGUCGCAACCGCUUCCGGCUUCGAGGAUAUUGUCGCAUAUCUUCGCAACUACCCUACAGUUACCAAUGACCUUGAUGUCAACUUAUCAACUCGGCAGCAGACCGACAGGACUGCUUUCAUCACGUUUCUUCAAUCGACAGCAACCCCUCUGAUCGAUCUAUCCCUCUACGUCUCCGCCGAAAACUACAACACUACGACCUCGUCCGCAUAUACCGCCAUUUUACCAUGGUAUGCCAAUUACACCGUUCCUCCGAAACGACGCGACCUCGCUAGAGCUAGGACAGCGCACAUGGGGUUGAGUAGUCUGGAUGUGGACACCACAGCUGAGGAGGGGUUUGCGCCAGGUCGAGGAACUGCCUCGUCGGAAUAUGAGGCCGCCAAGCGAGCAGCCGGCAUACCUACUGAAAGCCAACCCAAUGCCAUGAGUAUGGGACGUGGAAAGGGACUUGGCGGCCUCUUAGGUGGUCAGGUCUACGCCGCGCGCUUCAGACUUGAUGCUCUGUCAGGUGAACUCUUGGAUCCAUUGUCGGAUCUAUUGGGGAAACACGACUACCUGUUCCGUGGGGAACAGCCCUCGAGUCUGGAUUGCCUUGCCUUCGGGUACUUGUCCUUGCUGUACUACCCGCCAGUGCCCCAGGCAUGGCUCAGAGAGACCAUCCAAACCAAGUACCCACGCAUUGGAGCGUACCUAGGCAGGUUAUACAAGGCUCUGUUCCGCAGUGAACAGGUCAAUUCUGCAGAUGUCUGGUCCGUCUCCACCGGUGCGAUGAAGACACCAAGAAGUACAUCUCUACCAUGGGCAGCAAGGUCAGAAACUUUUGCCUCGAGUACACUAUCCGGCGCAAAGGAGAUCUUGGGAAAUAUGCCUGGGUUGUCUUUCCUCGCACGUCGGAACAACGUCGUUGUCUCGGAGCCACUGGUGGUAUCAAAGCACAUCAAAUCUGAGCUUCCAUCUCCAUUGUUCAUCAACACCCUGGUAGGUGUAACAACCGUGCUCGCAGUAGGCUUAGCAUCCCUAGCUGUGCACCACCGUCGGUCACCGCGGGAGGGCGAACUUAUCUUCUGGGCUUUGCGCCUAACCAAUGGCCUCGGCGAAGCUGGGAGUAUUCUCAGCAUCUUCGCCAAUCAGCUUCACGGCGGAGCACUACAUUCCCAGUUUUGA